UCACUCACGUGACGUCACGGUCGGGAUGAGCGGGCCGGCGGAGGUUAAAGUGAAAAUACCUUUUGGAAACAAAUACCUUGAUGCUAUAUUUUCUGUCCCAGAAAAGAAACCAACAUAUGGAGUGAUUCUUACUCAUGGAGCUGGAGGAGACAUGAAUUUCCCUCACUUAGUGUCUUUGGCAGCCUAUCUUGCAUCCCACGGAGUUCUGUGCCUGCGGUUUACUUGUAAAGGCCUUAAUGUUCCUUACAGGACUAAGGCUUUCAAAGCAGUUGUGGAAUACUUAAAACUUUCUGAUGAUUAUAAACUUUCUGGUGUUUUCCUUGCAGGUCGUUCCAUGGGCUCACGAGCUGCUGCCUCUGUGAUAUGUCAGCUGAGCCAGGGUGAUGAUGAUGAUGGUUUCAUUCAAGGUCUUGUGUGUUUAUCUUACCCAUUGCAUCGACCAAAGCUGCAGUCCAAGCUCCGGGAUGAGGAUUUAUUACUGAUCAGGUGUCCAGUGCUGUUUGUCUCAGGAUCAGCAGAUGAGAUGUGUGAAAAACAAUUGCUAGAAGGUGUGGUGAGCAAAAUGAAAACCCCUAAAAAAAUCCAUUGGAUUGAUAAAGCAAACCACGGGAUGGCAGUCAAAGGACGAACAAGAAAUGAUGUCAUGGAAGAAAUAAAUGCACAAGUUUUUUCUUGGCUUAGAGAGAAUGUUCAACUGCAGCACAGAUAAUUUGCAGUGUUCAAGCAGCAUCUCCAUUUAGUUUUUCCUAACUGUAGCAAAUAAGGGGUUUGUUAUUUUUAGAGGCAUAUUUUUUUAAACUGAUCUUUUCAGAGGUCUAAG